CAUUUAGCAUUUACACCACAGACUUAGAAAAACUCAAGUCUGACUACAGAAUAGUGAAGUAAGAGAAAGAAAGAUCAGAGAGAAGAUGGUGUUGAUUGAUAAAUUAUGGGAUGAUGUUAUGGCUGGACCUCAACCUGAUAAUGGCCUUGGCAAGCUCCGAAAAAGCCUCACUGUUCAAACUGGGGGGGAAUCUGGAGAAGGAUCUAGCAAGUACCAGAGGUCUCUCUCGAUGCCGACCGGUCCGCCGACGCCAGGAACGCCGGCGACACCAACAACUCCGUCACCGACGGCAAGUAAAGAAAACGUAUGGAGGAGUGUUUUUCACCCAGGAAGCAAUAUUGCCACCAAGAGAAUUGGUGCUCAAGUCUUUGACAAGCCUUCUCACCCUAACGCUCCCACUGUUUAUGACUGGCUCUACAAUGGGAACACCAGAUCUAAGCAUCACGAGAAGUGCUGAGAGUUUUUGGGUGGCAACAAAUUGAAACCUAUGUAAAUAGUGUUUUUUCCUGUUAGUUGCUUCGCUAAUGAAGCAUGGAUUACUGGACUUUUAUCUUUAUUUCUGUUGUGUAUUAAGCAACUAGUAGUAUGUUUUAGUUUGAUUUCGCAAGCUAACUUGAGCUUUAAUGGCCAUCAGUGGCUUUCCAGCUCCAAAUGCUGCUGCUACUACUACUGUAUGUUUGUGGUAGACCACUGUUAUGAUGUUUGUUUUGUGUAUUAAAUAUCUGUUAUAAAUAUUGUGAUGUUUUUGUUUUGUUAUUAUAUGGUCAAGCGUAAUUAUCCUUUUGCAA